CCGCCAUUUUUUGAUAUUUUUUUCAGAUUUUAAAAUAUUUCCGAAUUUGCUGAAAUUUUGAUGAAAGUAUAAGACCAAUUGCGUUUAUUAUUGAUCAGAAUGCCUCGUGAAAUCAUAACGCUUCAAUUGGGGCAAUGCGGGAACCAAAUUGGAAUGGAGUUCUGGAAACAGCUAUGUGCAGAACAUGGGAUCAGUCCAGAGGGUAUUUUGGAAGAGUAUGCCACAGAGGGAAAUGACAGAAAGGAUGUAUUUUUCUAUCAGGCGGAUGAUGAGCACUAUAUCCCAAGGUCAGUGUUACUGGACCUGGAACCGAGAGUGAUCAACUCAAUAUUGAAGUCUCCAUAUGCCAAUCUGUAUAACCCUGAGAACAUCUACCUUUCUAAACACGGGGGAGGUGCAGGGAACAACUGGGCAAGCGGCUACUCACAGGGAGAAAGACUUUACGAAGAAGUGUUUGACAUUAUAGACAGAGAAGCUGAUGGCAGUGACAGUUUAGAGGGGUUUGUUGUGUGCCACAGUAUAGCUGGAGGGACAGGGUCGGGUAUGGGCUCAUACAUACUGGAAAAACUAAAUGACAGGUUUCCUAAGAAGUUGAUCCAGACUUAUUCCGUGUUCCCUAACCAGGAGGAGAUGUCGGAUGUUGUUGUCCAACCAUAUAACUCAGUGUUAACCCUGAAACGUCUCAACCAGAAUGCUGACUGUGUGGUUGUACUUGACAAUACUGCGCUACACAGGAUAGCAUGCGAUAGACUCCACAUUGAGAACCCAACAUUUGCACAGAUAAAUCAGCUGGUCUCUACAGUGAUGUCAGUGAGCACAACAACAUUGCGUUACCCUGGUUACAUGAAUAAUGAUCUGAUUGGUUUAAUUGCUCCUCUGAUUCCAACUCCACGUCUCCACUUCCUGAUGACUGGCUAUACACCUCUCACUUUGACAGACUCUCAACAGGUCCAAAGUGUGCGCAAAACAACAGUGCUUGAUGUUAUGAGACGAUUACUUCAGCCUAAAAACAUGAUGGUCUCCACUCCCGUCCAACAAAGACAAGCUAACCACUGUUAUAUCUCUAUACUCAACAUAAUACAAGGGGAGGUUGACCCCACACAGGUUCACAAAAGUUUACAGAGAAUAAGAGAGAGAAGACUUGCACAGUUUAUUCCAUGGGGUCCAGCUAGUAUCCAGGUGGCCCUUUCAAGAAAGUCCCCAUACAUUCAAUCCUCACACAGAGUUAGUGGACUUAUGUUAGCCAAUCACACCAGCAUUGCCAACCUAUUUGAAAGAACUCUUUCACAUUAUGACAAGCUGAGGAAACGUGAGGCUUUCAUGGAUCAGUUCAAGAAAGAAGACAUUUUCAAGGACAAUCUUGAUGAGUUUGAUGAAUCAAGGGAAUGCUUGCAGCAGUUGAUAGAUGAAUACAAAGCUGCUACAAAACCUGACUAUAUAACAUGGGGAGCUAAUAAACCCACAACUACCGCUCCAAGUGGAGCUUCAUAA